AUGUCCUGCAUUUUACUCCUCUUUAGACUUCUCGUCAUUAUAUUGCUAAAGGUUACUAGCAACCUCUUUUAUAUCGUCACUUCAUUCUACAGAAAAAUUUUCAGUGGGUUAAAAGCACGAUUAGCGUUAAGACGUACUUUUAACGAAGACAGUUGGAAACCAGUUAGUUAUGUUAGCAAACUUGGAAUUGUGGUGAUUACUCAGCAUUACGUUCAAAAUCCAGGUUAUGCAGAUGAAUGUUCAAAUGAUACUAUAUCGAGAUCCCUAAAAAAUCCUUCCUUAUUUGAAAGAGUCCUUGGUGAACAUACGAUUGAUACUUUAGUCUCUUGGGCAGCUAACUGUAUUCAAAGGAAUGCCCUCGGAAUUUCGACUAGAAAUACAAGUUUAAUACUGGUGUACAGUAAUACAAGGGAUAGUAUAUAUAAUCUCAACAAAUGGUUUAACGUCCUGCCAAAUCGUAACCACUCGAAACCUCACCUUGCGAAAAAUCACGGUAAGAUUAAAGAAUCAGAUGCAUACACCUGUAUUCUGUCAUCUACUCGACGUAACUUAAGUCAUAAACAUAACUUGGAAGAUCCUCGUGUUUAUUGCUCUUACGGUCGGUUUUACAGUCAUCUGGUUUCAUAUAGUCUCCGAAAUUUAAUUCCUGUUAAUCAUACUUCUACUCUAAGAAGCAAAUUACUUUCGAAGUUUCAGUAUAUUUCUUCUCAGAAAGAAGAUUGCUCAAGCUUGCUGGAAGUUGGUCUACAAACUGCAUUAAGAGCUAAUUUAGAUUAUAUCAUAUUUAUUAAUCCACGUGCAAUCAAUUUGAGUGAGCAUUUACUUACUGAGACUAUCAAAUUAUUGGCUAAUGAAGAUGGAAAUUGUCGGGCUGACUUUGUCUUAGGUAUAACUAAACCUUGUACAAGAAUUUCACGGAUUGAUGUUGAUGUUAAUAUACGUCAAAGGAAAUUAUCAAAUGGUUUAUAUUUAUUUGGUUUAAAAGGUAAACAGAUUCAUUCAAUGUCUAGCAUCAAAUCGCUUUGUUCUAAUUUGGAAUGGUCAUCUAUAAAUGCAGCCGAUAUUCUAUGCAGAAAUAUUUAUCAAUCUUUAUCGAAUGCAAAUUUAGUUUGUUUACGUGAAAGAUUAGAAGAGGUAUCCGAACCAUUGGAUCUUAUCAAUGUACAACAGUCUACUGGAUUAUUAUAUGACCACGUACUGAAUGAUUUAAUCACUGUAAUUAUCCCAAUGGGUUAUGGUCAUCCGAAUGAUUGUAUUGAUCCGGAUAAUGUGGAAUUAAUCAAUGUGAAAUUGUCAAAAUCAUUAGCUUAUACAAUUGAAUUAGCAGUACAUAAUGCUUCGGGUAAAAGACAAAUAGAGAUUAUAAUUAUAGACAGUUCACCAGCGACAUUUGCUCAAACUGAUAAAUUGUUGAAUUCCUCUACUACUGUUCAUCCAGUCAUAACAGAAUAUUUGCACAAUAUGAUACAGCCUCGUUGUAUGAUCAAUGUGCAAUUAUAUCAUUAUAAUUCAUUAACAACAGGUAUAUCGAAACCGAAUCGUGGUGAACUUAUUCGUUUUGCUAUUGAUCAAUACGCUGAAGGAUCUAUUUUAGUGAUUUUGGAACCAGGUGUUCAAUUACCAGUGAAUUGGGAUUCCGCAGUCUAUUAUACAUUACAGAUUCCAGGUGUUGGAAUGGGUUGUUUUGCUUAUCGACUACAUUUAGAUGAUAAAUAUAUUCAUCAGAAAAAUGUUUUCUGGGCAUUAAAUUGUUGGAUUGGUAGUUGGAUUGUAAAUUUACAAACAAAUUGUAAUUUUUAUGAAUUAGCAGCUGUUUCCGUGUCAUUGAAUGUACAAAAAUUGAAGUUAGUCAAAAACUCAAGGCCUCAAAUUGUUGGUGCAUACAGCAUUUCUUGUAUGUAUUGUUGAUCUCUAAAUUAUGACAUCUGUCGAUUCUGAUCACUUGAUUGUUGGGAAUCUGUAAGACAAACAGUCCGUCAGUUGUAGUUGAGACUGUUGAUGAGUAUUAUUAAUUGGAAUCAAUUUCAACGGCGAAAAACAUUCAUUCUUUAUGCUUCUUUGUAAGGUGUGUUUGAAAGUAAGCUGACCAGUAAAACUCCUGAAUCUAGUUCUUACUUACUUACGCCUGUUACCCCCAAUGGAGCAUAG